AUGGAGGCUGUGUUUGUACUAGUGUUGGUGGUGUUAGCAGCAGUGGCUCAUGGUAAGAUGUAUUAUAUAUUUCUGCAUUUUCUACAUGUUUUUAGUGUUUUGUUGAGAUAUAAAUGGUUAUUGAGUUGAAUGCACAUACUGCAUCAUGCAUUAGAUCAGUGCCACCGUUGCUCAUUGCCACAGUGUAAUUUCAACUUAUUGUUGUGCAUCCCACUGCCUUCAUGGCAAAACACUCAAUUCUAUCAAAAAUUUACAGAAAAUAUUAUCAUAACAUUGUUCUCUCUCUCUCCCUCUCGCUCUGUCUCUCUCAGCUACAGACAUGACCACCUGUACUGCUACUCAGAACUCAUCCCAGUGUUCUGUGGCUCUGUGUGGAACUCUGGAUCUCCAGCUGCUGACCAAUGCUAGUGGAUGUGAACUGCUGUUUAAAAAGAACCUCACCGCUGGUCCCACACUGAUAUUCUCACUGAAAAGAAACAAGGUGACCUUCAAGAGACCCACUGAAGGCAGAUUAAAGUUCUUUAUGAAUAACGGGACCUUUAGGUUAACCAACGUAGAGAGGGCUGAUUCUGGGAAAUACUUCUUGGAGAUCUACAAUUCCGGAGGGGCACGUUUGGGAACCAGACGAGUACAACUGGACAUUGAAGGCAAGUAA